UAGGGCUAUAAGGGCUAUGAGUUAUGAGCAAUGGCCGAGAGCUGCUACCUGGUUUGUCGUCGGGCCAGCUGCAAGAGCCGCAAGAGCCGCAAGAGCCUGUCACAGAGCCUGUAUUGCCGACGGUGCCUGUAUUGACGGUGCCAUCAGUGCCAACUGCCACGCUGAUCAACACGACCAGACAGCGCAUUGACCAGGCUCGAGCAGAGAGAGCCCAAAGAGAGGCUUCGCGGCAGGCCAAUCCAUCGCAAAACAAUCCGUCAUCGGCGAGUCCAUCAUUGGUCCACUCAGCACCCUCGCGAUUGAGGGCGAGCCGAGAGGCACAAGUUCAGACCUACAAGACAGAACUCAAGGCUGGCGCGGAGUCGGACUUCUUGGUGCUUCGGACACCACAGCCUGCCCAGGUCGAUGCGAGCACAGCCGUUGCAAGGCUCUCAGCUGGUUCUCUCCCGCCAUCUAAGGAGCCACCUGAGGAGCCGCAGCUCAAGCACGGCUGCUUCAGCUGUGGCCAGAGCUGUCAGCGCCUGUUGUGGGUGCCAAAAGGCAUCAACCUGCGGAUGAACUCUACACACAUACUGGACACGGCUUUGCGGCAGUGGAACCUCCCAUCGCCCAACCUGCUUAUCCAUAUACGGUCUGGCUUUGCGCACCCCAAGCACAUGGUUUCUAUAGAAGUGGUGCGCAGCCUCUCGCCCAAUCUGUCCUCAAAUCAGAAGCUGCUCCAGCAGCUGAGGAUGUUCUGGGAGACCAUUCACAUGGAGGACUCCUUUGAUGAUGCACUCCGGACCCUUCAAGAGGAGUCGGAGCGCAGCGACACAGCGCGCUGGAAGGCACCGCUUCAAGGCUUGAGCCACGUGCUGCACGCAGACCUGGUGGAGCUCUUGACCUCGAUCAUCAACACCAUGGUCGCGGCCAACUGCUGGAUCCUAGUGCACGGGGCUCCCUCGGGCGGCCUGGCGUUGCUGGAGCAGCUGACGGACUUGCCGCAGCAGCCAGUAGUACUGGUGGUGGACUCCCCAAAUGCGCGCAGGUACUGGGACGUGGAGGACUACAAGAGCCAUUUGAAGGUGUGGAAUGCGACCGUUGAGGCGACAAUCAGGGAGUCUCUGACUCAGGGCCAACAGAUGCUGGAGAAGUUGAGACGGGAAGCCAAGCCCAUCGGCGUAGCCUGCAAGACGGUGCACUUGGACAAAGGCUUCUGGCACUCAGAGAGCUGGGAGCAGCAGAAGCCGAGCAGCGCUGGGGCUGAGAACGUGCGAUGGAACCAAUGGCCUUUCAGGUCUGGCACACACUACAUCCUCACAGAGGACGAGCACUUCGAGGAGCUGCAGCUGAAUGAAUUGGCGCCCCAAGGCGCCAUUGUGAUGGGCGGCGAUGCUCAUGCGCUGAAGCAGCUGAUUAGGGGACUGAAAUUGGGACAGCCCAUCAUCGUCCUGGCCAACACGGGGCGAGCGGCGCAAUGGUUCACAGCCAUCCACCAGGAGUCCCUGAGCCGCCUGACCCAGGACCACGAAGAGGAUAAGAAGUCCGUCCAGCGCAGAGGUCAGUCCACGCAGCAGCUCCGCUACGGCGGCGGCCUGGGCCAUCCGGCAGAUGCCAAGCUCAUGGAGUACCUCUUUCUGCGGUUUCGCCCCAAGGGCGAGUGCAGCGAAGCAGACCUUGCGGAGCUGGCGCUUCUUUACCAGCGGAAGGCUCUUAAGAUCUCGCGGCUUUGUGUGGUGCUGAAUCCGCUGGAUGCCGAAGACCACAACGGUCACAGGCAGAACAGCGAUGUGGCCGCGUGCAUCAGCCAUGCAAGCUUCAUGCCCACAACAGAUGCGGCAGAUCAAGCCAAUGUGGACUCGGUGAAAGCGGCCUGGGAGUUCCACUCUCAGCUGACGAAGUUGGCCAGCAAGGAGAAGAUCAUGUUCGACGCAUUGGCUUGGCUCAUGGCGGUGUUCCUGCUGCUCGUGCAGGCAGCUGCAUGGAUACAACAGCUGGGCAGCCAGGAUGCCACCAUCAAGUCAAUCGUGAAGGUGCUGCAGACUUAUGUGGCUGACACAGGCAGCGCACAGCUGACUCCCUUCAUCAACGCCAUUCCAAAGACGACGGAUUGGCUGGUCGAGCUUAGCGCGAUGAUGCCCUUCAUUUUUCCCGUGGUCUCCGCGAUAUGUUUGGCGCUCGUGGCAAUUUGGCUCCGCUUCCGCUUUGCACAGCGCUACGGCCGUGCAGCAGGUGCUGCGGUGCGCCUGGAAGGGGAGAUUUCCCGCUUCCGUGCCCGUGCAGGUGAGUACAGCCUGUCUGCCGUGCAGAUCUGCGCUGGCAUGAAGGUGCCAACUGGUCGCCACGCGCGGGAGCUGGCGAGCCGCAACCUAUUCGACCAGCGCGUGGAGCAGAUCAUUUCAGAGAUCUCCAAGGUGCUGCCCUUUCCCAAGUCUCCGAAUCUGGAGCAGAAGGCAGGCACAUGGCGACCUCAUGCCCGCGUCACACCCAGCGACCCGGAGGACUUUCAGGAGUACGACUUUGUCUCUGAGCAUUGUAUGUGCAUGUCUAUCGAUGAGUACGUGGUGUGGAGACUUUUGCCCUUCUUGGAAGAGAUGGAGGAGGAGGUGGCCUGGCUGGGGCGCUGGCUGCAGUGCGUGGAGCUCCUGGCGGUGGCGCUGCUCAUUGCCUCGACGCUCCUUGCCGCCUUCCGGAUGCCCUUCCCUGCAGCCAUGCUGAUAGCUGCAGUCCCUGUCGUGAUGUUGCUGCAGCGGCACUACGCGCUCAACGCGCGGCUCAACGCAGCAAACUUGGCGGUGGAGGACUUGAAGUGCUGCUGGCAGCACUGGAGUUCCCUGGAGCCUUACCCCCGGCGUUGGGAGACCACCAAGGCUCGGCUCGUGGACUGCACCGAAGGCGCUAAGCUAAAGCUGGUGAAUGCAGCUACGGCCUGCAACGCUUCGUCCAAGACGAGUUAGCCUUUCGAAUCAGAGACUUUAAUUUGGGUCCUUCAACUCGACUCCCUAGCUUGGGCCAGAGACGGACUGAUGGAGUGUGCAUGUUCU